AUGGGAGCCUUUCAGUCUACACCUCGUACAGCGCCGGCCUCUACCUUGUCAGAGAAGGCUGUUAUUAUCCAAGAUCGUGCACCAGUGCCCACAGCAGACGAGCUGGCUGAGUCCCUCUCCGUCUCCCUUGACCUCGCCAUCCCCUCGGGAUCCGUCUCUCUUCCCUCAAUCGGAGAAUGGCAGUCGUCCCUCGAGGCUGACCAUAAGCUCUCCCUGUCCCGUACUAUCCUGAGCAAGAGCGACCCGAGCACGACACUCCUGAAGCCUGCGGCUAAGGUCACUGAUGCCCACGUGUAUAAUACACAGCUGGACUUCAAGGCUGGUCCUAUUACGAGCCAGAAUGCGAGUGGGAGGUGCUGGAUGUUUGCUACCACGAACGUACUCCGGUAUGCGAUCAUGAAGAAGUUGAACCUGGAGGACUUCCAGCUGUCGCAGAGCUAUUUCUUCUUCUACGACAAGCUCGAAAAGUCCAACUACUAUCUCGAGAACAUGCUCGAGCUAGUCGACGAGCCUCUCGAUUCGCGGCUCAUCUCUUUCCUUAACACCUCUCCGAUCGGCGACGGCGGGCAAUGGGAUAUGGCCGUGAACAUCCUGGAGAAGUACGGUGUCGUUCCACAGGCCGUGUUCCCCGAAUCGUACUCAUCUUCCAACUCGCGGGCGAUGGACACCCUCUUGACCACAAAACUGCGCGAGUACGGACUUUCCCUCCGCCGCCAGAGCGCACAGCUCCUUGCUGCCCUCACCUCCCGCGGAGUUCCUUUCGAAGCUGCCAAAGCCGCCACACACCGUGCCCUCGAGAAGACCAAGGGGGAGUACAUGAAAGAAGUCUAUACCAUCCUCAGUGUCACGCUCGGCAUCCCCCCGCAGCGGGACGAGUCCUUCAAGUGGGACUACUACGACAAGCCAGGCAAUGCCAGGGUAUUCACUGGCACGCCAAUCCAGUUCUUCAAGACGUUCGCCACGACGCCCUAUGAUCCCCUGACGGCGUUCUCGAUCGUGAACGAUCCCAGGAACUCGUAUAACGCACUGUACUCCGUCGAGCGGCUGGGGAAUGUCUGGGGUGCGAGGCCUGUGCUUUACGUGAACACAGAGAUCGAUAGGCUCAAAGGCGCUAUCGUCAGGAGCAUCAAGGCCAAUCAACCUGUGUUCUUCGGAUGUGAUGUUAGCAAGUCCUCAGACCGCGAUCUAGGAAUCAUGGAUUGCGGAAUCCACGACUACGAGAACGCGUUCAACAUCACCCUCGGUCUAAAGAAGGCUGAGCGCAUGCAGCUUGGGGAGAGCGCGAUGACCCAUGCCAUGGUCAUUACCGCUGUGCACCUUGACGAAGCAGGCAAGCCCGUGCGAUACAAGGUCGAGAACUCUUGGGGCCCUGCGGUGGGCGACAAGGGUUUCUUCGUCAUGACCGACGCAUGGUUCGACGAGUAUGUGUAUCAAGUCGUCGUCCCUAAGGCACUUGCGGAUCUGGACCUCGUCAAGAUCUUCGAGAAGGGCGAGAAGCACAUGUACCCUGCUUGGGACCCAAUGGGUGCGCUGGCGUAA